AUGCAGGAUCCAAACUACUGGAUACAAGUACAUCGACUGGAGCACGGGGAUGGUGGGAUCUUAGAUCUCGAUGACAUUCUUUGUGAUGUAGCCGAUGACAAAGACCGUCUUGUAGCUGUGUUUGAUGAGCAAGAUCCGCACCAUGGAGGUGAUGGCACCAGCGCCAGCUCAACAGGCACGCAAAGCCCAGAGAUUUUUGGCAGUGAGCUUGGCUCCAACGCGGCAUCAGCCUUUCAGCCUUACCAAGCAACAAGUGAAAUUGAGGUCACCCCUUCAGUCCUUCGUGCAAAUAUGCCUCUUCAUGUCCGACGUAGUAGUGACCCUGCACUGAUUGGCCUCUCAACCUCUGUAAGUGACACAAAUUUUUCCUCGGAAGGGUCCACAACCGCAGGCUUCCUCAAGCAGAACAACCCUGGCAUACCCAGUGCUCAUGAAAGAAAGAAAGAUGAAAACUACAGAAGCCUACCACGAGAUACUAGUAGCUGGUCUAACCAGUUUCAGAGAGACAAUGCUCGGUCAUCGUUAAGUGCCAGUCAUCCCAUGGUGGACAAGUGGCUGGAGAGGCAAGAACAGGAUGAAGAUCGGACAGAGGAGGACAACAGCAGAGUUGAGCCUGUUGGACAUGCAGACACUGGUUUGGAGAACGCUACCAAUUUUUCCCUGGAUGAUAUGGUAAAGCUCGUAGAAGUCUCCAAUGACGGCGGGCCUUUGGGAAUCCAUGUAGUGCCUUUCAGUGCCCGAGGCGGAAGAACCCUGGGGCUGCUGGUAAAGCGAUUGGAGAAGGGUGGAAAAGCUGAACAAGAAAACCUUUUUCGUGAGAAUGAUUGUAUUGUCAGGAUUAACGAUGGAGACCUUCGGAACAGGAGAUUUGAACAAGCACAGCAUAUGUUUCGCCAAGCCAUGCGUACGCCGUUCAUUUGGUUCCAUGUGGUCCCUGCGGCAAAUAAAGAGCAGUACGAACAGUUGUCCCAGAGCGAGAAGAACACGUACUACUCCAGCCGGUUCAGCCCUGAUUCCCAGUACGCUGACGGCAAAAGUAUUAACAAUUCUGGACUUCACACGUUACAGAGAAUGUCUCGAGCCGGUAACCAGUCCGAUCAGACAGACUCCUACUCGCAGCUACCUCAUAGUGUGAAUUCAUCAGGGAAACCACCCUCGGGCCUGGUACCAUCACCUCAGAAAGUUCUCGCCUCCACUGCGAACAGUGGGUAUAACACCAAAAAGAUAGGGAAGAGGCUCAGUAUACAGCUAAGGAAAGGUACAGAAGGCUUGGGAUUUAGCAUUACUUCAAGAGAUGUCCCAAUUGGUGGCUCUGCUCCAAUUUAUGUGAAAAACAUCCUUCCGAGAGGUGCAGCCAUUCAAGAUGGGCGACUGAAAGCUGGAGACCGGUUAAUUGAGGUAAAUGGAGUUGAUUUAACAGGAAAAACUCAAGAAGAAGUUGUGUCCUUGCUGCGAAGCACCAAGAUGGGAGGGACCGUCGGCCUUCUGAUUUUUCGACAGGAAGAAACAUUCCAUCCAAGGGAACUGAAUGCAGAACAAAGCCAGUCACAAAUUCCAAAGGAAACGAAAGCAGAAGAAGAGGAACUUGUCCUCACACCUGAUGGCACCAGGGAGUUCUUGACAUUUGAAGUUCCACUGAAUGACUCUGGAUCAGCUGGACUUGGUGUGAGCGUGAAAGGUAACCGGUCAAAAGAAAACCAUGCCGAUUUAGGAAUCUUCGUCAAGUCCAUUAUUAAUGGUGGAGCAGCAUCGAAGGAUGGCAGGCUUCGAGUGAACGAUCAACUAAUAGCAGUAAAUGGAGAAUCCUUAUUGGGCAAAACAAACCAAGAUGCUAUGGAAACCUUAAGGCGAUCCAUGUCCACUGAAGGAAAUAAACGGGGAAUGAUUCAGCUUAUUGUGGCGCGGCGAAUAAGUAAAUGCAAUGAGCUGGAGUCGCCUGGGAGCCCCUCGGGGCCGGAGCUGCCCAUAGAGACGCUGCUGGAGGACCGGGAGCGGAGGAUUUCCCACUCCCUCUACGGCGGCAUCGAGGGUCUCGCCGAGUCGCCCACGAGGAACGCCGCGCUGGGUAGGAUCAUGGGUAAAUAUCAGCUGUCUCCAACGGUGAACAUGCCCCAGGAUGACACGGUCAUUAUUGAAGAUGACAGGCUGUCGGUACUCCCUCCUCAUCUCUCUGACCAGUCGUCGUCCAGUUCCCAUGAUGAUGUUGGGUUUGGCACCGUUGAUGCUGGUGGAUGGGCUAAAGCUGCAAUUAAUGAGUCAACAGACUGCACUCUUAGUCCAGAUGUUGAUCCAGUGCUUGCCUUCCAGCGAGAGGGUUUUGGACGCCAGAGCAUGUCAGAAAAGCGUACAAAGCAAUUUUCAGAUGCCAGUCAGUUGGAGUUUGUUAAAACACGAAAAUCCAAAAGCAUGGAUCUAGUAGCUGAUGAGACUAAGCUCAGUACAAUGGAUGACCAGAAAACAGGUUCCCCGACCAGAGAUGUGGGGCCUUCAUUAGGUCUGAAGAAAUCCAGCUCAUUAGAAAGCCUGCAGACAGCCGUUGCUGAGGUGACUCUGAAUGGAGAUAUUCCCUUCCACCGCCCGCGCCCGCGAAUUAUCCGAGGACGAGGCUGCAAUGAAAGCUUCAGAGCUGCCAUAGACAAAUCAUAUGAUAAACCUGUAGCGGAUGAUGAUGAUGAAGGCAUGGAAACUUUGGAGGAAGACACAGAGGAGAGCUCAAGAUCUGGUAGAGAGUCUGUAUCCACAGCAAGUGACCAGCCAUCCCACUCGUUGGAGAGACAGAUGAAUGGAAGCCAAGAUAAAGGCGAUAGAAAAAAGGCUGGAAAGGAAAAGAAGAAAGAUCGAGAUAAAGAGAAGGAUAAAAUUAAGGCAAAGAAAGGAAUGCUGAAAGGCUUAGGAGACAUGUUCAGGUUUGGCAAACAUCGCAAAGAUGACAAGAGUGAGAAAACUGGUAAAAUAAAAGUGCAGGAAGCUCUUACUUCAGAAGAGGAGAGAAUACGAAUGAAGCAAGAACAGGAGAGAAUUCAAGCAAAAACUCGAGAAUUUCGAGAGAGACAAGCUCGUGAACGUGACUAUGCAGAGAUACAGGAUUUUAACCGGACGUUUGGCUGUGAUGCGGACCCGAUGUACGCUGGGAUUGCUUCCUAUGACUCUUCUUCAAAUAGCGGCACAGUAAUGCUGAGCACCCGGCCACAGAGCCCAAGGGAAGGGCAGACAGUGGAAGGCUUGUAUGCCCAAGUGAAGAAACCAUGGAAUUCAAAGUCUUCACCUGUAGACAGCAACAGAUCAACCCCGAACAAUCACGACCGGAUACAGCGCCUGAGACAAGAGUUUCAGCAAGCAAAGCAAGAUGAGGACGUGGAAGACAGGAGGCGUACUUACAGUUUUGAGCAGCCAUGGCCGAGCACCAAGACGUACUCGCAGAGUGGCAGACACUCAGUAUCAGUAGAGGUUCAAAUGCAGCGACAGCGGCAAGAAGAAAGAGAGAGUUUCCAACAAGCUCAGCGGCAGUACAGCUCAUUACCCAGGCAAAGCAGAAAAAACGCCAGUUCUGUAUCUCAAGACUCCUGGGAACAGACGUAUUCCCCUGGUGAAGGGUUCCAGACUGCGAAGGAAAAUCCCAGAUAUUCCAGCUACCAGGGAUCAAGGAACGGCUAUAUGGGGGGACAUGGCUUCAAUGCCAGGGUAAUGCUAGAAACACAAGAACUGCUCCGUCAAGAGCAGAGGCGGAAAGAACAACAACUGAAAAAAAAAACUUCUUCUGAAGGACCUAGCAACUAUGACUCAUAUAAGAAAAUUCAGGACCCUAAUUAUACCCCUCCUAAAGGUCCUUUCAGGCAAGAUGUACCGCCUUCACCAUCUCAGGUAGCCAGGCUGAACAGAUUACAAACACCAGAAAAAGGAAGACCAUUUUAUUCUUGAGGUGAAGAAAAUGAAGAUCAACUUAUCAUGCAAUAAGGAACGUUUUCAUAUAAAGACUUAUAUUUUGAAAACUUUUUAAACUGAUAGUACUAAGGAAUAUAUCCGUUGUCUGUUUCAGUGCCUUUGAAAAUACGGGCAAAGCAUUGGUGAGCCUUAUGUCUUUGCCAUUCUGUCUCAAGUGUUGAAUUCAUGGAAGGAUGUUCCACCAUUUGACAAUCAUGGCGGAAGUGAGCAACGCCACGUACCGAGUCCCAUAGCCCAGUCCGGUAGUUGUCAAUGGCUUAUUACUAGGAUUUGUUGUAAUGUGUUUUACUUUGCAGUGACUUAUUACACCAACAUGCAGCUUUGUGGCUUAAAAUUAAUGAAUUUGAGGUUGAAGAAAGCAUUGACAUGUCCUUUUUUAUUUCUCUCCGGUCAAGAGGAGGUUUACAUAUCACUCUUGAAUGGAUAAGGCUUAGUUCUACUCUGGAUUGCAGUCACAGUUCUAAGAUGUUUUAUGAUGAAGUCAUUACCAGUCUUCGUUGAUCAAUAUUUAAGUGUCUAUAUGCUGAAAAACUAUCCUUCUCCUAUUAUGCACAUACACACUCUUUUUCUCUCUCUCUCCCCACUCUGAGCUUAUUAAAAAAGCCUUUAUCCUGACUCAUGAGGAAAACAAUAUUAAGCUUUCUGUUAUCCUGAGAAUCCUGUUACAAUUGCCUUGUAAUCU